UUAUGGCUUUCGGGGAAAAGAAUAAAAGAAGUCAAAACAACUCCAAUCCUUCAGUUUUCCCAAAGAGCAUUCUUUGUUACACUAUUUAAUGAAAUAAUGCAUUGUUGACUGAAAUACAGCCUGACUUGUAAUCAUUCUAAUCUGCUUCAGAACAGAAAAUGUUAAAGUAUGGAUAUCUGGCUUAUACAGGAUCCUGUUCCUGGCUGAGCUACUCAGAGCAGCAGUUAAAACACUAUGCAUACAGGUUCAAGGUAAAGACRGGUGCUUAUUUACAGGAUGAUAUUUGCAGAUUGAGGUUUAUACAAGAAAUUAUUGGCCCGCACAAAAUAACUGUGAAUAUGUUGAAUGCAAAGCAAAAAUGGGAAAUAAAGGAAGUAAUACAGUGGGUCAGUAAACCAGCUGAGUUUAAACCCUUAUGGAUUAAGGAUUCAACUUUUCCAGAUGAGGAUAUGCAUAUCCAGGCCUUAACAGUGCUAGGAAUUGGUGCAGCAACCAGAGAACAUUGCCACAACAGAGUGAUAUUUAAACAUCUUCUACAAGAAGCCUUGAGUYAUCUCCAAGUUGACAGCUGCAGACUGGGAAGUGUGAAUGAAAGCUUGUCUGUGCUGCGGAUGGCCAAAAAGUUCCGGAGAAAGGCUCUGCAAAAUGCAGCAGCAAUGAGAAAAUCUUUCCCCAUCCUUCAAGGCAGUCUGAUUAGUUUCUUCAGCUGUCAUGCUUCUGAUUUCUGAGCAUAAGCUUGCAUGCACUGUCAUAAUUUUCCUUGUUUCAUGUCAUGCACCAAAAGACUUUGAAUGUCUUGGUGUGGCACAGUCAUGUCUAGUAUGGAUUUGGGGGCCUCUUCAGUUAGUCCUGCACUUGAUAAUAUUUGAUCAUAUCCAAGGACCUGAAAGGUCUGAAAACAGGUUUGUUACAUAAAAAAGUUCCGGUAGCAAUUGACUAUGGUGACUGCUAAAAGGCUGUCAUAGCAUACACUUGUGUUGUUACCCCACAAGCCCAUAUUCUUGUGGGCUACAAAGAGUAGUUAGAAGGGUGGUUUAAACUUCAAGCAGGUGAAUGUGAACCGUUUGUGGUUUUAAUA